AUGGAGUACACGCAACAAAAGCUUUUCACUCUAGCAGAUUUUAAAACCAAGCUCUAAAGUCCAUACAGUUUGGGAUUUAUUUCAUUUAAACACUGAAAGCACCAAGGCACGAAAUUGGAAUAAACAAAACGUUUCUAUUAGGUUCUUGUGCGUUUUAUUGGUCGUGCGAAUUGUUACAUUAAACAAAUCGCAUGCUUGUAUAACUUCAAAAGAGUAGUACAUGGUUUAAACAUAUGUAGCACGUUAAGAAGGUUAGUACCAAUUUCAUGCACGCAACCUCGUUCAGUUCAGUUCGCAGCAGUGCCACUUCCAACUGAUGCCAAGAUGUCUAAAUGUUUAAAAGGGAACUGCAGAUGCGGGAAAAAUCGAAGGUAGAGAAACGUCUGGGGCAGAGAGAAUGAACAGAUUCCGAUGCUGGAGGCCGGCAUCGACGUGGGAGCAGUGGCGGUGACUGAGACACAAUUCGGCAUGGCGAGAGAAACGAACAGGGGAGACCGCAAGAGCUACCCGGUUGUCUAACUUGAGUAAUACAUUGUGCUAUUAUUUUUUUUUUAUCAACCAUGAGUUAAUACAAUACUGUUCUUAAUAAACAAAACGUAACCUUCUUAUUAAGAAAAUAAUGUAAGUAGCUGAUCAAUUUCUCAGGAUGUAGAUGUCGCUGCAAGACCAGCAUUUAUUGCACAUCACUAGUUGCCCUCUGAGUAGAUCGCUCGGCCAUUUCCCAGGGCAUUUGAUCUUCAACCACUUUGAGCGAGUUGGAUCUUAAACACAAUAAGAGUGUUGCGGUCAUCGUUUUUCAGACCGUUUAUUAGUUUCAAGCAUUUGAGAUGAUUAACUGUAUUUAAAGUUGGGGAAAUACUUAAAAUUGUGUCCCUGGAUUGUGCUACUGGAUUCCUCGUUCGAUAACAAAAUCGCUGCCUCGCCACCGCACCCCAACCUCCAGUUGAUGCCUCGAGUUCACCAGUUCCUAUUGGAUUGUGGCCCUUGAGUUAAAGCCGGCUUUAUUCCCGUCAUGAUCUUACACAUCUCUAUAAGAUCACCCCUCAUCCUACUGCGUUCCGGGGUAUAAGGUCCCAGUCUGCCCAACCUGUACCUCUAGUGAGGCCCUCGGGCCCAGGCAACAUCAUCAUAAAUAUUGUCUACACCCUUUCCAAUUUAUCCACAUUCUUCAUACAGCAGAGUGAACAAAACCACACAUAUUACUCCAAGCUGACCAUCCCUAAUAUGAAAUGAUGCCCGGUUUCUCCAAAUAUAACCACAUAACAAUUACAGCACGGAAACAGGCCAUCUCGGCCCUACAAGUCCGUGCCGAACAAUUAUAGAUGCACCUGAAGACUGGAGCGGAAGGGACGAGUGUCCUGAUGUGGAUUAAAAUAUGUUAAUUCCAUCCUGAUCCCGGGCUGUGAACGGAGAUGCGGGCGGCGGGUUCUACUGCCCAACAGAUGCAACAGAUGCCGCCUCAGUUACACCUCCUUAGCGCUGGUCCCUGUCCCUUUCUGUCCUGUUUUAGAUAAUCCCAGGGCACUCUCUCCGCUUUUGUCUAUAUUCAGGCCGGUUGAAUGUCUAACUGACCCCUCCCUCGUGUGAGAUUAGUUGGGAGUGGCCAGGACACUGAACACUGAACACCAAAGAUCUUUUGGCGGAUCUUUGUCGAACACCUGCAGCCAAAUAUCAUUCAUUCCCCGAGACGCCUGCGUGCGCAGUGGAAAACACUUUGAACCAGGAAGUGCCGGAAUGGCUGCGAAAGACCCGGUCGAGAGCUGGACCGAGGAGGUAGUUUGUUCCAUCUGCCAGAAUAUCUUCACCGAUCCGGUUAUACUGGAGUGUGGGCACAACUUCUGCCGCUCCUGUAUCACACAGAGUUGGGACAGGGAGGGGAGAAACCACUGCCCGGAAUGUAGAGAGGAGUUUACAGGCCGCUCCCUCACGGUGAAUCGGGCCAUGGUUAGACUGUCUGAGAAAGCUCGAGCACUGAGCCCGAAUCUCACAGCGAAGAAAAGUAAACUUCAGUGCGAGAAACAUCAGAAAGAACUGCAGCUGUUUUGUAAAACCGACAAGAAAAUGAUCUGUUUGAUUUGCGCGUCUGCGCUGGAACACACGACUCACAGCUUCGAGCCGAUAGAAGCUGUUGAAAUCUACAAGGAUCAGGCGAAAUCCUCUUUCAAAUCACUCACAGAAAAAACAUCAGAGAUCCAGAAAAUGGAACAGAAACAGAAAGAGAGCAUUUCUGGAGUUCAGGUGAGGCUGUGUACUAUCGAUGUAAUUAUUCGGAGUACGUUUGAUCCAUGUGAUGCGUGUAAUAAAUGGGCAACUCUAUACAGCUCAGUAGUAGAGGACCCAAGCAGUCAAGGACUUUACUCCCUGGAACUCAGUAAUCUGAAGAAUGGUCUAUUGCAGGUGUAUAAUAUUAUGAAGCGUAAUGAUAGGGUGGAUGCUCAGUCUUUUACCCUUAGUAGGGCGAUCGAGAAUGUGAGGGCAUUGGUUUAAGGUGAGAUGGAAAAGAUGUAACACAAACAUGAAGGGCAACUUUUGUAGUGGGUAUAUGGAACGAGCUGCCGGAGGAGGCAGUUGAGUCAGGUACCAUAACAACAUCUGCCGGAGGAGGUAGUUGAGUCAGGUACCAUAACAACAUCUAAAAUAUAUUUGAACAAGUUUGUGGCGAGAAAAGUUUUAGAAUUAUCUGGGCCAAAUGCAGACAGGUGGAAAUUGCGCAGUUGGGGCAUCUUGGUCAGUAUCUAACAGCUACUGAGGGAGUGCAGCAUUGAUUCUUGCCAUUGAGGGUGUGCAGCGUAGGUAAAUUCCCAGGAUUAUAUGUUGAGAGAAUGGAGCGACUGGGCUUGUAUACUCUAGGAUUUAGAAGGAUGAGAGGGCAUCUUAUUGAAACAUAUAAGACUAAAAGGGCAAAAAUCAAAAAGGGGCCACUUUUCAACAUAAUUGUAUAAGGGGUAAGAGUGUUGUAAAAGCAAGCAUGAAGGCUUUGUGUCUCAAUGCAAGGAGCAUUCGUAAUAAGGCGAAUGAGUAGAAUGUGCAGAUAGCUAUUAAUGAUUAUGAUAUAGUUUGGAUCACAGACACAUGGCUACAGAGUGACCAAGGCUGGGAGCAGAAUAUCCAGGGAUAUUCAAUAUUCAGUAGGGAUAGACAGAAAGGAAAAGGAGGUGGGGUAGCGUUGCUGGUUAGAGAGGAGAUUAACGCAAUAGAAAGGAAGAACAUUAACUUGGAGGAUGUGGAAUCGAUAUGGGUAGAGCUGCGAAACACUAAGGGGCAGAAAACGCUAGUGGGAGUUGUGUACAGGCCACUUAACAGUAGUAGUGAAGUUGGGGAUGGCAUCAAAGAGGAAAUUAGAAAUGCGUGCAACAAAGGUAAAACAGUUAUAAUGGGUGACUUCAAUCUACAUAUAGAUUGGGUGAAUCAAAUUGGCAGGGGUGCUGAGGAAGAGGAUUUCUUGGAAUGUAUGCGGGAUAGUUUUCUAAACCAACAUGUAGAGGAACCAACGAGAGAGCAGGCUAUUCUAGACUGGGUAUUGAGUAAUGAGGAAGGGUUAGUUUGUUAACUGUCUUGUCAGAUUCAGAUUCAGAUUCAAUUUUAAUUGUCAUUGUCAGUGUACAGUACAGAGACAACGAAAUGCAUUUAGCAUCUCCCUUGAAGAGCAACAUAGCAAACGAUUUGAAUAAAAAAAAUAAUA